AUGGGCGGGGACGCCUUCGUCGUGGUGUUCUUUAAACCAGAGAUCUCGACGGGCUUUUUCAAGUUCACUUCAAGUGCCAAUGACAGUGAAUCAGAUGCUACCCCUUCUACAGAGCCCUCGUCUUCGAUCCCUGGAGUCUCAGCAGUCGAGGCUGCAUUCUUGUUACCGAAUGGCCACAUCAUACCAACUGUUCUCAGUCGGAUUAAUGAUAAAGGCUUUGAGACCAUCCAGCGACGCAUGCACCAGUUGACAAAAGCCGAAGCUCGACAUCUCUUUACGUACGAGCAGCAGUAUCGAUUCAAAGACGACCCCGAAUCGUUUGCGGCCUAUUUGAACUCGAUCACCAGUGGUCCGAGUCUCGCGUUGGUACUCAAGCUACCUGCAGCGUUGGCGUUGGGCGAUGCCAACGCUGCAAUCAAGAAAUGGGUCGAAUUGGCUGGAGAUUGGGACCCCGUCGUUGCUCGCAAGAAGGCUCUCGCAGCUUCGACCCCUCACGAUCAGUGGCCACUUCGAGCUCUUUGUGGACUCAAUACCGUACAAAACGGCAUCUCUAGCAGUCCACACGUGUGUUGUUCGCGACGAGAACGAUACUUCCUGAUGCCACCGCCAGUGCCACAACUUGAACGGGCAACAAUAGUACUAUUUCCCUCGUUUUACACAAAUUUUCCCGAUGCUAAAGAGACUCUUUUUUCGACCAUCGGAAGGGAGGCGCAAGCAAUUGUAGUCGAAAAUUAUGAGAGCUGUUCUCUUUCAGACGAUCAAGUUAUCGCUCUCUGUGGAGUCACCCUUACAUCGGGGUCAGCUCAGACGUGUGAGAGUGUGGUGCAGCUCGCACGGGAGACUGCGGGUAGUAAAGGUGUCGAUGUUAUCGUCCUCGAAGGUCUCGACUUGACCUACACUCUGCGCUUCGCUGUGGGUCCUGCUAACGUGGAGCUUGCGAAGUUUUACUUCCCGGAGUCAGUCCGAGCUCGUGUGGUUUCUAAACUACCAUCGGUAGAGCUCCCGCUCGAACUUCACCCCAACGAGACAGCAGACGACGAUGCGUUGGGGUUCGAAAGUGGGUUAUUCGUCUCUUUCGACCCGAAACUAAGCAUCCGAAAUACCACCGAACCGAUUUUUGACAAGGGAACUCCAGUCGAGUCCACACUCGGUCUCAUCAAGCCAAACGCUGCUUGUAAACCUGAGGUUGUUACUGAAAUACUGCGUAUGACCAACGUGUUUGGGUUUAAAGUGGAGCGUCAACGUCGGCUGCUGCUUUCUCGGGACCAAGCCGGCGCGUUUUACGCUGAACAUCGUGGAAAAGUUUUCUUCAAUACGCUGUUGGAAUUUAUGACAAGUGGGGAAAUUGUAGUCUUGCAUCUGGCACGUACACACGCCAUUAAAGCCUGGCGAGGCCUCAUGGGACCAAUUAAUAGCAUGACGGCCCGUGAGACGCACCCGUGGACAUUAAGAGCACGAUUCGGUGUUGAUGGUACUCGGAAUGCCACACACGGCAGUGACUCCAGUACCAGUGCUGCCCGUGAACUCUGUUUCUUCUUCGGUAGUGCUGUAACUGCAUCAACAUCAACACAGACAGCCCCUUUGAAAGCACAAGCCGUGGCCCAGAGACCGAUUGCAAGUUCUGGAAUAUCGGACACCAGCGUUGAGAAGAUUUUGACUCUAGGAUUGAAAGAACUCGUUGAGAAAAACCUGUCUGAUCCUCUGGAAGCGUGUCGAUGGCUGGGUGAGUGGCUUGUAAGCUAUCGGUCUCGUGGACUUGAAGAGGGCUCCGAAAUGUACAACACUUCAGACUCCGCUCGUAGACCAAAGGCAACUACCGUGAAGCGAGUUGUUGACGGAGAAAAGACUCUUAAAGCACAUAAAGUAGUCGCGAUUACUUUGGAUACGUCGGUCAAUUCGUUGCGCAAUGCACUACUCGAUACUUUUCGUAAGAAGCUGGAAAAAAAUCGCUACGGGGUUGUCGAUGUCGCGUCUGAAUUGGAGAAACACACCGCACCGGAUGUGGCUGUAGCUAAUCUCGUGAAGACACUGACACGUUGUGGUCGACGUCGUUGUGUACUUUUCGGUUGUGAAGAUUUCGCGAGUAACUCAGUUUUCCACAAUGAAUUCAAGACUCAAGCUCCUGCUGAGUGGCAAAUUAACUUCAUUGUUCGUUUGGAUCUCGAAAACUCAGCUGGUGUCAUCACACAAACUUCUCCUUUUUUUGAGGUACCAGUCCUCCACUUCAACAUCCCUUCAAAGACACAAGAGAUUGAGAAAGCUGGCGUUCUCCAUGGCCUUUUUCAAGCCGUAAUUGACCCCAACAUCAUCAUUUUAGUAGAUCCUGAAAAACUUUUUCCUGUUAUUGUAUGGACCCAAGUUGCAACUCAGUUCGGCUUCAACCUGGUUACGCUCGAAGAUGUUAUCACUUUACUGACGAACUCUAACAUUAACUCGGACGAUACUCGACUUCUACUCGAAUUAUUGCGCUCUGGAUCCAAAGUUUCAUCAACUCUAAUUCUGACAGCCAUCCGACGCGUAAUUUUCGGGCUGCUGCCCGGAUCCAAUACUUUCGGACAAAAGUUCAUGCUACUCGGCUUCCCGUGGCCAGAUAUCCAACUUGCAGAGCUGGAGCAGACAGUAGGAAGACCUCAAAGUUUGCUGUAUAUCGGACAGAAGAAACUCAGAUUUAAAGCUACCGCGAGUUCCUUAGAACUUCCAGCGUGGGUGACAGUGUUCCGAAAGAAAGGCCUUGUAAGGCAGGUCUGGAUUGACUCAACCGUUAGCGUUGAUCGUGUCGCAGCUUACGCGGCACUACAGAACGUUGCACUUCCAGUGAUCGGCUGCUAUUUGGGCGAAUGCGACGGUCUAGAACAGUUUGGAUGCUUGCGGAUUGCAGCCAGAACUCAAGGGUUUCUCUGGAUCGAUUGUGCUACUGUCACCCCAUCCGUACAGAAGCUGCGAGAGUUGUUGCUGCGUGCUCAAGCGGGACGAGAGAAGUUCCUCUUGUACGGCUAUCCACAGACUUCUGCACAGGCCGCAGAGUUCCUCAACCUUGUUGGUCGUCCGCGAUUCGUGAUUCACAACUCGUCGGCUUCGCCUGUCGCACCAGAACUUCUUGCAGCCUUCGACGCUCACCCAGAUAUCUCGCAGCUAGAUCUGGCUAGCUCAAACGGUCCUUCCAAGCUGCGAUCAAUCUUUUUCAGCAAACAAGUGGUUGCACUAGUAGGCAGCGUUGACACGCUGCACUUGCCGCAGCUUCGUGACGUGGUGGCACCGCUUGGAUACGACGUCAUCGAGUUCAAACACGACCACGUUUUACACGACGAAGACGAGCAAAUUCGUGGCUUGGAACGCCAAGUCCAAGCCGUACAAGCUCCACGCUGUUUGGUCAUUGGAGCACCGGCGUCACCGAGUUUUUAUCAUGCUUUGGAAGCUCGUAUCGGGUGUUCGAUGCACCAGAUCUUGAUCUUACAGCACGUCAAAGUCCGCGUUCGAGAUCCUGCGAUGGACGACGAGGACUCGGCUGGUGAUUCAGAUGAAGAGCAGGGCCACGUUCUCAUCAAUGACAGUGGCAGCGAUGGAGACGACACUGCGAAGCCCGCAAUCAGAUGGCGAAAGGUGUUUCAAGCGCUGAGUCCACAGCUCUCGCAGCUUGUUAAGAGUUUUGCAUCGGCCUCCAAGUCGUCGAUCUCCAUCGACGUCGUCGGGUUCCUGGAAAACGCCCCACGCGGCUCGUCUCGAGUGGUUCAAGACGUCGUGGCGCGUCUUCGUCCGCGCUUUUUUGGCGUGGUUGGCCACCGCUUCUCGUUCUAUCAAACGGUGGCACGGGGCUUCUGUCGACGACAUCUAGCGGGAUUUCUCGAUCUUACUAACGUUUCCAGCAACAAUGAAGCGCUGCAACAAGUAGCGACUCUCAUACAGACCACGCCACAUUCGAGCUACUGUCUCGAUGGCUUUCCUCGCUCGUCACUUCCAGAUGACUCCGUGUCCUCGACACCUCGUUACGUGGCCCAGCAGCUGUGGGAACUGGACCGUCGACUGGGCAAAAUGAACAUGCUGGUUCGUUUUACCGCGACGUUGGAGAUGCUGGAGGAGCGAACACCGAAGCAAGUUACCCGUCGAAUGCUCGACUUGGCUCAGGACGACCUGGAGCAAACGUCCGCAGACCUCGUGCGGUGGUUCACGACUGGCAAAAGUCAUCAGACGAUCACCGAGGUCACGUGCGACCGAACAGUCGAGAGCGCGCAGAAAGAGAUGGACGAUGUUCUGCAGUGGACUCUGCGUCCAAGUAGACCUUCCAUUAAUUAA